AUGGAUUUUCAUCUCAGUCAAAUCGCUGGUCAGGACAGUUGGGAGGAAUUUGGCUUGGACUGCGUUCUCACAGCAUCUGAGGUCGACCAACUUUCUGCAUUGACCGAUACGGAAGACGUUGCAAGCCAGGUGCGUACACUUUCACUGGAUCAGGAUGAAACUCUACAACUGGAAAGCGAAGAACAAGUUGGCUACGGAGAUUCAAGUGAAGUGGAUGGAGCUCAAGAUACGACGGAACCCAUACACGAAGACGCUUCAAGAUCAGAUGGAAGUGUUCCUAAAGCAGCGACAAGAGAAGUUAUAUCGGAGAUGGAAAUUUUGCACACCAACAAAGGAAAACCCAUGCUAAUGGAAAAUGGAUACUGUUACCAUUUGAAUAAGAAGAACAAAGACAUUCAUUAUUGGUCUUGCAUCAAAAAACGGGUCAAGCAACAGGAGAAUCGAUGCCAAGCAACAAUUCAAACACGGUUAGAAAACGCAGCUCAUGUUCUUGGACAUGCAUCAAAUCAUAACCACCCUCCAAAUCCCUUGCAUGUACAGUGCCGAAAACUUAGAAGUGAAUUGAAACGUCGGUCGGUAUCACGCUGUGAACCUCCCAUCACUACUAUCCGAGAGUGCGCAAAGGAUGUGCCCAACGAGGUGCAAACUAUGGUUUCAAAACCUGCCCAACGAAAAAUAUGUCAGCGAUCACGGCAACCAGCUAAAUACCCUGCAGAACCAACCCCGGGUAACUAUGAUGAUAUUCCGGAACAGUACAAAAAAACCUUGGACGGUGCCGAUUUUUUGUUGUCUACUUCGGAUUCUGUUCUGCUAUUCACCACGAUUGAUAAUCUUCGCCGUCUAUCGACCGCAAAAAUUUGGAUGCUCGAUGGAACGUUCGCUACCGCACCACCAGGAUUCAAACAAAUUUAUUCUAUCAUGGGAUGUAUUGGCUCCGAAGAUACAGCAAGGUAUCUACCUUUUGUUUUCAUGCUUCUUACGAAUAAAAGCGAAGAAACGUAUACGUGCGCUCUCGAAGAAUUGGUAAAAAUCGCCGAGACAUUUGGAGUGGAGUUGGAUCCAGAAUUGGCCUUGACAGAUUUUGAACGAGCGGCUAUCAAUGCUAUAGGUAAUGUUUUUCCGGACUGCAAGCGUCAAGGAUGCUUUUUCCAUCUGACUCAAAAUUUUUUUAAAAGGAUUCAGAAUUGUGGUCUCUUAGGAGUAUAUUCAAAAAAUGAAAGCAUUUUCAUGAACUUCAAGAAGAUUGAGGCGCUCGCAUUUGUGCCACUAGAGCACGUCGAGAAAGCGUUUGAAAUGAUUGCUGCCAGUGCUCCACCUGAGCUAGAACAGUUUAUUUCAUACGUAGAAGAAAAUUAUGUGCUAGGACGUGUUCGUAAACGGAAAAAUGAUGGCAGCCUUGUAAGAAGCGCACCUACGUUCACCACAGAUCUGUGGAACGGAAUUAUUGUUGAUAUGGUUGAUGCUCUGGAGCAGUUUCAGAAUGGUUCUGGAACGCAGACCACAGGUGAUGGUGUCGCUGUGGUUGAUGAGCAAGAAGAUGAGCAGGAAGAGAGAAUGUACGUGAGGAAUUGGCCGAGCGAAGACGAGUUAGAUUGGAUUCACCGACUGGAAGCACGAUUGGGAGGGCAGUUGGAAGGCAAGUUGAAUCCGGUUCCAAAGAGUCCUGUUCCGUUCCAGACCCUACAUUUGGAUCAUGUAGGUCCGUUUCCGUCAUUCACCAACGGAAAUGUACACGCAGAAGCGCCGUCACGUUCUGAGGCGUGGUCGGGUCACCGAGGGCGAACGGCCAAGUGGAACGAGCAAAUCGCAGUUCGUACAAUGCUACAAGAUAAUCAUCGUAAGUGGGAUAUGAACUUGCCUGUAGUACAAUGGGCCAUAAACAGUACGCCUAAUACCACUACUGGAGUAUCUCCAAGCCAGCUGGUUCUAACUAACAAACCGAGAGAUUUUGUCCGCAACGAAAUAGUACUACCGAUUUAUGGUGAAUCAGAUAACCGUGUGGAGAAUAUCGACGAACUGAAACUACGAGCAAACGACAACAUCAGGACCAAGGAGAAGCAACAGAAGGGUUAUUACGAUGCAAGAAGGCGAGAAGCGAAGAAGUAUAUGUUGGGCGACAUGGUCUUAGCUGAAAAGGCGAAUUGA